UAUAAUAAACAAGCAACAAAACUGAAACAAAGCAAUAGUCUUAAGAGUACAAAAAUGGAUUCCAAUUCCAUUAAUGAAAUCAAUGAAGAAGAUGAAGCACACCUUAAUGCGAUGCUAUUCUCUGCCUCUCACAUCUUUCCUAUGGUGUUUAGGGCAGCUAUCCAACUUAACAUCUUCGGUAUUAUAGCCAAAGCAGGACCAAAUGCUUAUCUUUCUGCAACUGAUAUUGCUUUUCACCUUCCAACACAGAACCCUGAAGCUCCUUCUAUGCUUGACCGGAUGCUUCUUCUCUUUGCCAGCCACUCUCUUCUUUCUCAAUCUAAGCGAACCCUAGAAGAUGGUCAAGUUGAAACACUUUAUGGGUUAACACCAACUUCCAAAUUCUUUGUUCCUUGUAGUGAAGAAGAAGGAGGUUCUCUUGCUCCCUUAUCUGCACUUUCUACUCACAAAGUCGCCAUGGAGGUCUGGUUAAAUUUGAAGGAUGCAAUUCUUGAAGGUGGAAGUAUGUUCAAAAGAGUUCAUGGGAUGUCUUUAUUUGAGUACAUGAAUGAAGACCAAGCAUUUAACAAGAUUUUCAAUGAUGCAAUGGCUGGUCUUUCUCCUCUCAUUAUGAAUGCAAUUUUUCAGAGAUACAAAGGAUUUGAAGGGCUCAAUUCAUUGGUUGAUGUUGGUGGUGGUACUGGAAAGGUUCUCAAUAUGAUUAUCUCUAAGUAUCCUUCCAUCAAAGGCAUUAACUAUGAUCUGCCUCAUGUUACCCUAACUGCACCACCUUACCCUGGCAUUCAACAUAUUGGAGGUAAUAUGCUAACGAGUGUUCCGCAAGGAGAUGCAGUUAUGAUAAAGGAUACAUGUCACAAUUGGAGUGAUGAAAAUGUGAUAAAAGUGUUGAAGAAUGUAUAUGAAGUGCUGCCCAAAAAUGGGAAACUUAUAAUUAUAAAUGCAAUAUUGCCAGAAGAACCAGACACAACGAAAGCCUCUCAGUAUGUUUUAAGCCUUAACAACACAAUGUUAAUGCAGCCUGGAGGCAAAGAAAGAACUGCAAAACAAUUUGAGAGCUUCACCAAGGCUGCUGGUUUCUCCAAUUUUAAUGUUGCUUGUGUUGCUCGAGGUAUAUGGGCUGUCAUGGAAUCCUGUAAGUAAUUAAUUAUUUAAUUAUAUCAUCAUUAAGCCUUCAACCAUAAUUAUAUAUGUUUUAAGGUUGAUUUAUGAUUUUUUCUUGUGGGUUUGUUGUGAUGUUUCAAGUAUAAAUUUCAAUUAUGUUUGGAA